ACGUCUACCGCGCCUGCUCCCCGGACGAAAUCCGCGGACCGGGCUUUAGGUUCGCCGGAAUCCCACGCUCCCGACUUCUGCUUCCGGGUCGGAGCCAUGGCGGUGGCAAAUUCAAGUCCUGUUAACCCCGUGGUGUUCUUUGAUGUCAGCAUUGGCGGUCAGGAAGUUGGCCGCAUGAAGAUCGAGCUCUUUGCAGACGUUGUGCCUAAGACGGCCGAGAACUUUAGGCAGUUCUGCACCGGAGAAUUCAGAAAAGAUGGGGUUCCAAUAGGAUACAAAGGAAGCACCUUCCACAGGGUCAUAAAGGAUUUCAUGAUUCAGGGUGGAGAUUUUGUUAAUGGAGAUGGUACUGGAGUCGCCAGUAUUUACCGGGGGCCAUUUGCCGAUGAAAAUUUUAAACUUAGACACUUAGCUCCAGGCCUGCUUUCCAUGGCGAACAGUGGUCCAAGUACAAAUGGCUGUCAGUUCUUUAUCACCUGCUCUAAGUGCGAUUGGCUGGAUGGGAAGCAUGUGGUGUUUGGAAAAAUCAUCGAUGGACUUCUAGUGAUGAGAAAGAUUGAGAAUGUUCCCACAGGCCCCAACAAUAAGCCCAAGCUACCUGUGGUGAUCUCGCAGUGUGGGGAGAUGUAGUCCGGACAGACUGAACCAGGAGCUCAUGGAAAGUAAGACAUUCCGAGAGGUGAUCACUAGUAACAUGAGUGAUAUUGCCAAAUGUGAGAAGAGUACAAGGGAGAAAUCCAUCACUUCCAGCCAGGUGAGGGGUAGUGAUGUUUUGUUUUUUGUUUUUUUUUUUAUUUUCAAACCUGCAAAAAAGUUAGAAGAUAAUACCUCGAACACCCAUAUAUCUUCACUUAGAUUCACCAGUGAUUAACAUUCUUGUUUUAUUGCUUUGCCUUAACAAUUGUUUUUUGCUUUCCCUUCUUGCCUCCUCACCCAUUUCCAUCGCCUCUCCUCCUCCCUUCCUGCUCCUCUUCCCUCCCUCCAUCCUUUCCUUCCUAUCUUUCUUCCCAUCUUCCUUCCUUUACCCUUUCUUCUUUUCUUUCCCAUUUGAAAGUUGCAGACUUCUUGACACUUUACCUCUAAGUAUUUCUGCAAGGAACUCCUAAAAAUAAGAACAUCCUACGUAACCACAAUGUUAUCUAAUAUAUAGUACAUUUUCAGACCUCCCCAAUUGUCCCAAAAGUAACUUUUGUAGCUUAAGAAAAGGUGAUCCAAUCAAGGUUCCCAUAUUUCAUUUCAUUUGGUUUACACAAGUAACAUAAUACACUCUCAUUGUGAAAACUUUCACACCAAACAGAUAAAGAGAAAGCCCCUGUUGACAAUACCCACCCGCAAUUCCACUCCCCUUUCCAGAGGUCACUUCCUUAUUAGUUUGAUGUAUGUCCAUCAGGGCCUUUGCCUUGCCCAUUUGGGAGGUUUUCUUUUUCCCAAAUGAAAUCAUACUAUAUUUUUCAUGUUCUAAAAAAUAUGUCUGAAAACUUUUCCUUCUUAGUUCAUGUAAAACCACCUUGUAUUAAAAAAUGAAAACAGCCCAGCACAGUGGCUCACUCCUGUAAUCCCAGCACUUUGGGAGGCCAAGGAGGGCAGAUAGCUUGAGCUCAGGAGUUCGAGACCAGCCUGGGCAACCUGGUGAGACCCCGCCUUUCCAAAAAAAAAAAAAAAAAUUAGCCAGGUGUGGUGGUGCAAGCCUGUAGUCCCAGCUACUCAGGAGGCUGACAUGGGCGGAUUACUUGAGCCCAGGAGUUUGAGGCUGCAGUAAGCUAUGAUCAUACCACUGUACUCCGGCCUGGGUGACAGAGUGAGACCCCAUCUCAAAAAAAAAAAAAAAGGAAAAGAAAAACCGAAACUGCAGUGCAGGCUGAGCAUCCCUAAUCUGAAAUCCCAAACGCUCCAAAAUAUGAAACUUUUUGAGCACCAACAUGACAUUAGAAGUGGAAAAUUCCACACCUGACCUCAUGUGAUGGAUCAUAGUCAAAAAUUUGUUUCAUGCACAAACGUAUUAAAAAUAUUGUAUAAGAUUACCUUAUACAAUAGCUGUAAGUAGCUAGGACUACAGGUACGUGCCACCACGCCCAGCUAAUUUUUAUAUUUCUUGGUAGAGAUGGGGUUUCACCUUGUUGGCCAGGCUGGUCCCGAACUCCUGACCUCAAGUGGUCUGCCCACCUUGGCCUCCUAAAGUGCUAGGAUUACAGGCCUGAGCCACUGCCCCAAGCUGAGCAUUAGUUCUUAAUUUUAUAUGUUGUAACUGUUUUCUUCAGAAUAUAUUUUAAUAAAAAAAUUAGUAUUAUGUUGCUUAAGUUUGGUGAUAUUCUUUUUUAAAGAGAAGUUCUAAAUUUUGAUGAAGUCCAAAUUGUCAGUCUUUCACUGCUUUUCGGUUUUGUCUCAUUUAAGGUCUUUACUACCUCAGAUCACAAUGUUUUCCGUGUUUUUUCUAGUGUUUCUUUUUAUAUGGUGGAACUAAGAUCAUUUUUCUAGUAUUUUUAAAGUCUUAUUUGUAUAUUCAUAAAACCAUCUAUAAUUAAUUUUUCUGUAUAGUGUUAAGAUAGGACUUUUUCUUGUCUUUUUUCCAAAUGGAGAUCCAGUCAAAUACUUGACCAUUUUAAUGACUCUACAACACACCUUUAUCUGUGACCAACUCUGUUCAGAGUAUCUGGCACUUACAGGCAUUCAGUAAAAAUUUAUUACAUGAGUUAAGUAGAGAGGGAGAAUGUCAGGCAUUUUAGGCAGGGAACUGGUGUGAGCAAAUGCUGAGGCUGGAAUGCACAAGUGUGUGCUGAGAGCUGCAUGUGGACCUCUCUUGUUCAGCCAGAUGAUCCCUUCUCAGGCCCACUUGACACCCUGAGCUUUCCUUUCUGCCAAUACUGGGUCCCCCUUGGGCCCAGCCUGCUCUCCCUCUUCAGUGGCUGCUGGCCAUUCCCUCCCUCUCCUACUCAUUUCUUUGCUAUAACUAAAGUUGAGUUCAUAGGUCCUUUCUUUCCAAAGACUGACCACUGAUCACUACCAGAGGAGAGACGAUAACAAAAAGAAUAAAGUUUAGAAAUUCUUAAUGUUGGGGCCUCUUUUCUGUAUCUUUCUGAGUCUUUUACAUAAAGUUACUGGAAGUCCUUGUUGAGGUUUUAUUUCUGAGGGUGGGGAUCAUCAACCCUCCCCACUCUCCCCCACUGUUAGCAAAAGUUAUAUGAACUUUUGCCUCCAAGAAAGCCCUUCUUCUCAGCCUGCAACCCAAGCAGAACGCAUUCCUCAGGUGGCCAUUGUACAUUCCACAGGCCCGCUAGACCAGGACUGUCCAUAGGCUGUGAUGAUGGAAAAAUUCUAGAUUUGGGAGGUCCAGUAUGGUUGCUACCAGCCCCAUGUGACAACGGAAUACUUAAAAUGUGGCUGGUGCAACUGAGAGACUAAACUGUUAACUUUUUACUUUUUAUUUAUUUAUUUAUUUUUUAUUUUUUUGAGAUGGAGUCUCGCUCUGUCACCCAGGCUGUAGUGCAGUGGCACCAUCUUGGCCCACUGCAAACUCUACCUCCCGGGUUCAAGCAAUUCUCCUGCCUCAGCCUCCUGAGUAGCUGGGAUUACAAGUGCACGCUGCCGUGCCUGGCUAUUUUUUGUAUUUUUAGUAGAGACGGGGUUUCAUCAUGUUAGCUAUGCUGGUCUUGAACUCCUGAGACCAGGUAAUCUGCUCAUCUUGGCCUCCCGAAGUGCUGGGAUUAUAGGCGUGAGCCAACAUUCCAGCCUAUUUAUUUUUUUUAUUGACAGAACUAAGCUGUAAUUUAUUAAAUUUAAAUUAGGCUGGAUGUGGUGGCUCACACCUAUAAUCCCAGCACUUUGGGAGGCUGAGGUGGGUGGAUCGCUUGAGGCCAGGAGUUCGAGACCAGCCUCGCCGACAUGGUAAAACCCAUCUCUACUAAAAAUACAAAAAUUAGCCGGGCGUGAUGACGCACGCCUGUAGUCCCGGCUACUCUAGAGGCAAAGGCACGAGAAUCUCUUGAACCCGAGAGGCAGAGGUUGCAGUGAGCCAAGACUGCCAUUGCACUCUAGCCUGGGCGACAGAGCGAGACCCUGUCUCAAAAAUAAAUAAGUAAAUAAAAAAAAUAAUAAAUAUAAAGAGCCAGUUAUAGCUAGUGGCUACUGUACUGGACAGUGAGCUCUUUUAAAUGUAAGCCUCUCAAUCUACUCGCCCUGGCUUGCUUAGAACUGAAUCUCAUAGCUAAUACUUAAGGGCACUAUAAUUAAAGCAGUUAUCCUUCAUUGAAUUCUUCCUGUGCCCAAAUAAUGAGCUAAGAACUUUACUUGAAUUAUCGCAUUUCACUUUACCAAAAAUCCCCAUCAUAGGUUUUAAAGUGUUAGGAAAUCUGGGUGGCAGUCUAAUGUAAAGGGGUUCCACAGAUAGGCACCCCAUUUUGGGUUUCUGAAUAAUGUGAUUUGAGAAAAAUUAAUGAAAGAGGAGAUGAAUUUCCCAGGGAGCAGGGGCCUGGAGGGAAGGGAAGUGGUAUUUUUAAGCCCUAUUGGGCAGUAUUUUUUUUUUUUUUUUGAGAUGGAGUCUUGCUCUGUCGCCCAGGCUAGAGUGCAGUGGCGUGAUCUCGGCUCACUGCAGACUCUGCCUCCCAGGUUCAAGCAAUUCUCCUGCCUCAGCCUCCUGAGUAGCUGGGAUUACAGGUGCCCACCACCGCACCUGGCUAAUUUUUGUAUUUUUUUUAGUAGAGACGGGGUUUCACCAUCUUGGCCAGGCUGGUCUCGAACUCCUGAACUCAUGAUCCAUCCGCCUCGGACUCCCAAAGUGCUGGGAUUACAGGCAUGAGCCACCGCGCCCGGCCAGGCAGUAUUUCUUAUACUUUAAUGCAAAUAUGGAUCUCCAGGAUCCUGACUCAGUGGGUUUGGAUGAGGACUGAGAUUUUGCAUUUCUAAUCAGCUCUCAGGUGAUGCUGAUGCAGACUUUGAGAGGCAAGUCAAUAGGGGAUAAGAGUCUAUCUUUUAAUUGAGAACUUGCCAUAUUCCAAAAAAAAGACCAAGAGGAAGUACUCUCUUGGUGGCACUAGUCCAGCAGGAAUCCACUGCAUUCACAUCAAGAUAUCACCUAAUCCUGCCGGGCGCGGUGGCUCACGCUUGUAAUCCCAGCACUUUGGGAGGCCGAGGCGGGCGGAUCACGAGGUCAGGAGAUCGAGACCACGGUGAAACCCCGUCUCUACUAAAAAUACAAAAAGUUAGCCGGGCGUGGUGGCGGGCGCCUGUAGUCCCAGCUACUCGGAGAGGCUGAGGCAGGAGAAUGGCGUGAACCCAGGAGGCAGAGCGUGCAGUGAGCCGAGAUUGCGCCACUGCACUCCAUCCUGGGCGACAGAGCAAGACUCCGUCUCAAAAAAAAAAAAAAAGAUAUCACCUAAUCCUGCAUUUGAGGCCUUGUGCCCAGGCACUGGGCAUAUGCAGUGAAACAGCUAAGAAGGAGAUAGAAGACGGGUCACUUCAUCAAUUCUACCUCCGUAUGGAGCACUUCUUUCCAGAACCUUUGUGUUUUCCCUUCCUAGGUUCUGACUUUGGUUUUAGUGAAAAUGAAGUUUUGUGUACAAUUUUUUUUUUUUUUUUUUUUUAAAGACAGAAUCUCACUCUGUCGCCCAGGCUGGAGUGCAGUGGCACGAUCUCGGCUCACUGCAACCUCCACCUCCCAGGUUCAAGCGAUUCUCAUGCCUCAGCCUCCCGAAUAGCUGGGAUCACAGGCAUGCACCACCACGCCUGGCUAAUUUUUUUGUAUUUUUAGUAGAGACAGGGUUUCACCAUGUUAGCCAGGCUUGUCUCAAACUCCUGACCUCAUGUGAUCUGCCCGCCUUGACUUCCCAAAGUGCUGGGAUUACAGGCGUGAGCCACCAAGCCUGGUCUGUACAACUUUAGUUAUAGAAACCUUGGUUUUAUCUCAGUGAGUUCUGGGAGAUUUUUUUUUUUUUUUUAGACAGGGUCUUACUCUGUCACCCAGGCUGGAGUGCAGUGGCACAGUCACAGCUCACUACAGCCUCGACCUCCCUGGCUCAAGUGAUCCUCCCACCUCAGCCUCCUUAGUAGGUGGGAUUAUAGGCGUGCAGCACCACACCCAGCUAACUUUUUAAAGCUGGGGUUUCACCAUGUUGUCCAGGCCGGUCUCAAACUCUUGGCUUCAAGCGAUCUUCCCACCUCAGCCUCCCAAAGUGUUGGAAUUACAGGCAUGAACCACCGUGCCAAGCCCUUGGAAAACUUUUUAUGAUGAAUUUGGUUAUGUAUAGCAUAAAUGAACCUCUACCCUCAGGAUUCUCCUGCUGUAGUCUGAAUGGGUUGUUUGCUACUUACAUAUACAUGGGAGAGGGUAUAUUUCUCUUUUGAAAGCCCAAGUUCUGGCAACUCUGCUAGUCUGAUAUGCUACCCCCUUCCCUGUGAUCCUCAAACCUGGUACCAGUACCAAGUGGCAGAGAGCUUUCCUUAAUUCAUUGUUGCCUAGAUUCUCCAACAGAUAAUAAUCAUUUUGGGGCACUUGUUAAACCUACGAAUUCCUAGAUCCCUUCCCUGGAGUAUUUGAUUGAGUGGCUUUGGGGUGGGACCAGAUGUUAUGUUGGUAACAAGUAUCUCACAUGCUUCUUAAUAGAAAAGUGUGGGAAACACUACUUUAGUUAGUGCUGGGGUGACUGUCUUUUAUUUUAAUAUUUGGAUCUUAGGAAAAAUACAGAAUUAGCACAAUACAUCAUUUUACAGUUACUACAGCUUACAGUGAGGCAAUAUUGAAGUUCAAAUAGUGAUUAGCUUAAAAAAUAAAUUGUACCUGUGGAUGACAGAUAUUGUAACAGUUGUGAACGUGCUAUUUCAAUGACUAAGGUUUAGGAAACACUGUGUGUCAUUCUGGAAUUACCUGUAGAUGCGAGACAUUCCCGUAGGGGUAGAUUAGGAAAGAUGUGUUGGUGGCAGUUGGGCUGGUCCUCUGUUCAUUCCAUAACUAAGCGCUGAUGAAUUAAGAUAGGUCCCAUGCUGCAUAUGAGGCUACAGAUUUGAAAAGUCAGUUCCAUCCUUCAAGGAACUCAGUCUCUCGGGAGAACUGACAAUUACAGUACAAUAAAGCCCUGUAUUGGAGGUUUUAGAACAAGGUGAGGAAAGCAUAAAUGCCCGGAUCUUCCCGGAGUGGUUCAGUAGACUACAGAAGAGAUGAUGCUUCAGUUUAGUACAAGAAAGAAUGUAACUUGUCAGGUGGCUAAAACUGGGCAGGGCAUUCCAGGCAGAGGGAACAGCCUAUGCAAAGUCACAAAGGCAGGAAACAGCAGGAAGUGUAGAGGAAGCUGCAAAUAAUUCAAUAUGACUGAAGCAGGAAGAUAUGAAAUGCAAACGGUGAGAAGGCUGGAGAGAGGCCAGGGCCAGUAGUGAAAGCCAGUGCCAAGCUUAGCAGUUCAUAUGUUAUUCUGAGGGCAGGGGCUGACUUUCAGGCAUGAAGUAAUUUUUCCCUUUUGGGGAAGGAGUCCAUUGUGCUCCUGAGAUUCUCAAAAGGGGCACUGACCCUCCAAAAAAGAAUCAGGCCGAUACGAACCACUGAAGGAUUUUCAGCAGAAUACUGUAGAUGAAUUUUCAUGUUCAGAAGAUGAUUCUGGCAGCAUUGUGGAGGAUGGGCUGGAGGCCAGUGAGGAGUCCACUGCAGUGUAGUCCAGGCAAGAGAAAAGAGGUUUUACAUGAAAAUAUGGGUCUGGGGAGCACUGGAGAUUUGGCAGCAAAUAUUUAUGUGCCUGCUGGGCAUGUGACACUGAUUGUUCCCUGUCCUGAAA